UCAAGGCUAAAGACCUCUGGAACACCCUGGGCUCUAGGGCUCUAGAUUGCGCUGUUAACACCUAAAACAAACGUCCCUCUCUUAGAUGACAUACGGUAGCCCUUCGCCCUCGCUCGACUCUCACUCAAAUCUUCGGAAAGGAGGGGCGGAGGGUUUAUGUCAUCAUUCUGCGCCGGCCUGACCCGCGACGCGCCGGCGGCUGGCGCAGCCCUUCGCUUGCCGGGCCUCCCCCUCCCUGGUUCCGCGCUCUGGUUCCGCCAUGGAAUCCAACAAGGAUGAAGCCGAGCGCUGUAUCAGCAUCGCCCUCAAGGCCAUCCAGAGCAACCAGCCCGACCGGGCACUCCGCUUCCUGGAGAAGGCACAGCGGCUGUACCCGACGCCCCGAGUUCGCGCUCUGAUCGAGUCCCUAAACCAAAAACCACAGUCUGCCAGUGACCAACCCCCACCCACAGAAGCAACCCACACCACCCACAGGAAAGCAGGUGCGACCGAAGCCCCCACGGCCAACGGUGAAGCUGGAGGAGGAGAGAGCAGCAAAGGCUACACUGCAGAGCAGGUGGCAGCAGUGAGAAGGGUCAAGCAGUGUAAGGAUUACUACGAGAUCCUGGGGGUGAGCCGAGGAGCCUCAGAUGAGGACCUGAAGAAGGCCUACCGCAAGUUGGCCCUCAAAUUCCACCCUGACAAGAAUCACGCACCUGGUGCCACCGAAGCUUUCAAAGCCAUUGGCACGGCAUAUGCGGUACUUAGCAACCCGGAGAAAAGGAAACAGUAUGACCAAUUUGGUGAUGACAAGAACCAGGCAGCCCGACACGGCCACGGCCACGGGGACUUCCACCGUGGCUUUGAGGCUGACAUCUCCCCUGAAGACCUCUUCAACAUGUUCUUUGGUGGUGGCUUCCCUUCUAGUAACGUCCACGUGUACAGCAAUGGCCGCAUGCGCUAUACCUACCAGCAAAGGCAGGACCGCAGGGAGAACCAGGGUGACGGCGGGCUAGGGGUCUUUGUCCAACUGAUGCCCAUCCUCAUCCUGAUCCUCGUGUCAGCUCUCAGCCAGCUCAUGGUCUCCAGUCCACCCUACAGUCUGAGCCCAAGACCGUCAGUGGGCCAUGUCCACAGACGAGUCACAGAGCACCUGAGCGUCGUCUACUAUGUGGCGGAGACCUUCUCUGAGGAGUACACAGGCUCUAGCCUCAAAACAGUUGAACGGAAUGUGGAAGAUGAUUAUAUCGCCAACCUCCGAAAUAACUGUUGGAAGGAGAAGCAGCAAAAGGAAGGCUUGCUAUACCGGGCCCGCUACUUUGGUGACACAGAUAUGUACCACAGAGCACAGAAGAUGGGAACCCCAAGCUGCAGCCGGCUGUCAGAGACUAUGAAAUCCCUGGAGAACUUUUGGUGACACGCACUGAGCCAAGGUGAUGGACUGUAUAUUUAAGGAAAGACAUACAAAGAAAAAAUUAAAAUGGAAUUGGAGGCCGAACGCUGCACAACUGCCCUCUCUCUCACCCAGUAAAUGCAGAAAGCUCUUAGGACAGACAGAAAACCUGCCAGGGGCUGCUUCCUUCCCUCCCAGGGCUGGCAGAGGCUCUGCAUCAGCUCGCUCCUAGGAUACAGAAACCAUGGCAACGAAAGUAGAAUGUAAAACUUGCAGCAAAUGUCUGUGGGAAGGACUGGGGGAGGGGGUGCCCAACUGCCUCUCCUCCCCCCUCAGGAGCCACCACCAGUCACCUCACAGGAGAAGCAUUGGCCAAGGAUAGAGAGGAAGAAAGAAGGAAAAAAACUCUCCAUAGAAUGUAACUUAUGAUGCAUGUAUAUGUAUAUAUAUAUCUAUUUAUAUGUAAAUAGGCAUAUAUAAAGAUAUAUAUAUAUAUACACACAUAUAGAGUCUACUUUUUAAACUAUGCAGGGAUUGAGUUAAGCUAUUCAGAUGAUUUCCUCUGUGUUUCAGAAAACGAGGCCUGUUUGGGGAAGGCAUCCUGGUCCUUCAAAAGCUAGACAUUAGCCACAGCUGACGGCAUAAGGAAAGUUGGAUCAUAAUGCUUUUAAUGUCCCCUGCCCUGCAGCCCCAGCCUGUUUUUUGAUGGCAGCAGUAAUCAUGAUGGUAUAAAUCCAUAGAAAACUUCUGAACGUCACCAGAUUUAUGGUUGAGCUGGAGAGGAACAGCUGUGGGGAAGAAAGUUGCCCCUAGGGUUGGGUACCAGGUCAGUAUUGAGCCAUGGUGGAGGCCCAGACAGCCUGCUGGGGUGAGGAGCACCCACUCAAGUUGCCCCACCCCUGCCUUUGGCCACCUUAGGUGGGUUCUUUGUCCUUGUGCCCAGGAGCCCCUCAGCCAGUCCCCUGCCCAUAGAACUGCAGGGCUUGGAGAGGUGCCAGGUUCUACCUAACUACUUCCCCACCUGGGUCCCUACAUGGGUUUUGCCUUAUAAGUGCCAUAGGGCACGGCUCCAUCGUUGCCACUGGUUUUUCCUAAGUCAUGCACCAAGAACUCCAGAAGACUCUUCUUCCAAGAGUCAGCCCAGGACCCCAGGGCAGCAGCCUGGCUCAUGAAGAAAAGUCAGUGCCUGUGGGCACCUCUGUCUUCACCCUCCGUGGACAUGGUUGCACCAGGCCUCCUCGUGCACACUCGAUGAAGGAUACACCUGAACCAGAAUGUUUUUCUUACCCUCCCCUUCGGAUGAGGAUUUUUCUCAAAACAGUUGCUGCCAGAGGAAGGAGGGAGGUUUUAUUUAUUCCCACAUUUACACUGGGCCUUUUGGAAUUGCGUUCUUCCCGAGCUUUCCUGUGGUGGUGGGCAUGGUGUUGCGCCUGCCAUCUUCCAAAGCCUUACUUCCCCAAGCUGCCAGCCACGCAGUGGCAACUGUCCUCCCCGAGUUUAUCUUGGCUCUUUUUUAAAAGUACCCCCAACAAAUAGGAUUCCUGCUGGGAAAGGAAGUUUGGUAAGGAAAUGUCAAAUCUGGUUUUUAAACAAGUUCGCACCCUGCAAUGAAGUGGCCUCCCCGGCCCAGAGAGAUUAUAAGAACUGGAUGCAGGCCAGAGUGCCCCACCCGAGGUGGCCCUGGUGCUCUGCCCCCACCACCCCGACCGUCUGGUUUUGGUAGCUGUACCUAGACGGGCUGAGCCAUGUGCAAUAAGAACAGAUCCUAAAGGAUCCCCUGAGAAGCUGUAUUUCUUGAAUUAGAAUUCUGAAAUUGUACAUCUAUAAAUAUAUGUUUAUUAUGUGA